GUUUUGCUGUUAUUGGCAUUCAAUCAUAAAUUAAGUGAUUGUCAGACAACGGGUGAACGGAAACCAAAUAUUGUUAUAUUGAUUGCCGACGACUUGGGUAUCGGAGAUGUGAGCUCUUUCGGCAACACAUCCCUCAUAACUCCUAACAUCGAUCGGAUCGGUCGCGAGGGCGCACUCCUCACACAUCACGUCACCGCCGCCUCUGUCUGUACGCCCAGUCGAAGCGCAUUCCUCACCGGCAGAUAUCCAGUGCGAACCGGCAUGGCGUCUGCGGCCAGGAAUCGUGUCUUCCUGUUCGUGGCGGCCAAAGGAGGUCUGCCAUCCAAUGAGACAACAUUUGCCAAAGUACUUAAGACACAGGACUACGCGACAGCACUGAUCGGGAAAUGGCAUUUGGGUAACGAUUGCGAAGUCAAAGGGGACGCCUGUCAUCAUCCGCUGAACCACGGAUUUGACUACUUUUACGGCAUUCCUCUCACAAAUCUUAAAGACUUUGGCGACGACGGAGAGUCUGUCGUA